GAGCCUGACAAUUUGCAUGUUCUGGGACCAGGGAUCACUGACGGUAAUUAUAACUGCUCCCCUCUUUAAGUAAACAUGGCCCCAUUUACCCAUCGGACCCCCCCUGGAAUGGUGGUAGGGACACAUGCUUUUUUACUGUAAUUACUGUAAUUCAUUCAUUUGUUCAACACAUGUGCUGGAAAGGGGGUGAGCAUGGGAGAGAGAAACAAAGAUGAAUGAGAUAAGACAUGUCCCUGCACUUGAGAGGGGAUGAGGGUCUGGAUAGAGUUGAGACUGUUGGGACAUGAGAGAAGGAGGUGGGGGGUGGGGUGGAGAAUGGAUAACCUGAAGAUCUGAUGACCAGUUAACAGAGAGAGAAGUCAGGACAAAGAGCAGGUUGUUGUAGUUUUAGGGGGAGAGCUGAAGGGAACUCUAGAGACCACUAAGUCCAAGCCUUUCAUUUUACAAAUGAAGAAACUGAGCCCCAGAGAAAGGAAGAGGUUUGUCCAAGGUCACACAGCAAUUAUGAUUUCUGUCUGGGACUAGAUAAAUAAUUAUAUACAAAAUUGGAGCCAUGAUCCUGUGUCUGGCAUUGGGUUCCUACGCUUGCACUUAUUGAGCUAAUAUCUUACUGGGGAUGGCCAAGGGAUGGUGGAAGUGGCCUAGGCCACCAUCUUCAAGGUCUGAGGGAAGGAGACCCUCAACAGAUAUUCCCCCCCCCCCAUACACACAACUUCUCUCUGCCCCUUCUUGUGAUUAGGAGAAUCUUCUCUGGUUGCCUCAAGGCUAAGCAGCAGACAGAGACAUGGUAGAGUCAAAAGAAUUUAAGUCUGUAGUCAAACCCCAUAAGGGAAACAGAGAUAAGACAAACAUAGCCAAAAUCACGGUGUUCAGAGGUUCAGCCCAAGGUCAGUGAAGUUUGCAGUGACAUUUAAAAAAAAAUUUAUUUUUGGUGGCAGUGACAUUUUUUUUUUUAGUGAGGCAGUUGGGGUUAAGUGACUUGCCCAGGGUCACACAGCUAGUAAGUGUUAAGUGUCUGAGGCCAGAUUUGAACUCAGGUACUCCUGACUCCAGGGCCAGUGCUCUAUCCACUGCACCACCUAACUGCCCCAGCAGUGACAUUUUUAACACCUGGUUCCUGGGCUGCCCCUUUCCCUUCCUGCCAUUCCAUGUCCCACCCCCACCCCCAGCCUGAAAGAUCAGCAGCUCCCCUACUCUUGACCACCCCUCUCCUUUUGGCAACAUAAGUGGUGGUUCAGUUUUGACCUUCCUCCUUUCCCUGCCUCGUAUAGCAAGCUGCUCUCCCACCUGUCUGGGUCAGGCGACAAGAGCAUGCUCCUGAAAUCCAGCACCAUGGACAAAGUCCCAGAAAUCCACACUGAGUGUGAAGACAGCCAGGAGGUAGAGAGAUGCCUAGCAGGCAGUUGAAAAAUGUGGGUCUGGAGACUGGAGAGGGACAUAAGAGCUUCUAAAAUCUCAGAAUUAGAAUGGAUCUCCGAGGUCAACUAGUCCAAUCUUAAGCCAAAUCAUGAAAGCAGUCUAGCCUCUAUCCUGAAGCCUAGUGGAGAGAAUGCUAGACUUGCAGUCAGGAAGACAGACUUGAGUUUGAAUCCUGCCUCUGAUUCUUACUAGCCAGGCAACCAUAUGCAAGUUUCUGAAUUUUUCAGCCUCAUUUUCUUCAUCUGUCAAAAAUAUAAAGAGGGGGAUAAAAAUAGCACCUGCCUUUUUGUUGUGAUUAUCAAAUAAUAUCCAACAUGUAAACUACUAUAUUAAAGUGUCAGCUAAUAUUGUUUCCUCCGCUGUAAGCGGGGAGGGGGGGGGGGUGGACUAGAAGAUCUCUAAUGGCCCUUGCAGCUCUAAAUCUCUGUUCCUAUUUACCUCCAUGGGUGGGAAGGGAUUAGUCCUCAAGAUAGCUCACUUCAUUUUCGGACGUUCUAAUUGUUUUGGAAGUUUCUUCUUAUGUUGAGCCAAAUUCUGUCUCCCUAUAACUCCAAUGUCCUCCCAUGACGGGGAAGUGGUCAUUGAAGCCAUGGGAAUGGAUGAGCCCACCAAGGGAAGGGAGUGAAGAGGGGAAAAGACUGAAGACAAAGCCCCGUAAAAUGCAGAAAUCUAGGGGACAAGUGGCAGGAGAAGAAAAGCCAAUGAAGGAGACUGUCUCCUAUCUCUCUAGCUGCCCCUCCUAUGUUAGGAUAGAUCAGAAAAAUAGAACAAGUCUGGAACUGAGAGAGGAAAAGGAGUAGCAAGAAGGAGGGAAGAGGGGCAGCUAGGUGGUGCAGUGGAUAGAGCACCGGCCCUGGAUUCAGGAGGACCUGAGUUCAAAUCCGGCCUUAGACACUUAAUACCUACUAGCUGUGUGACCCUGGGCAAGUCACUUAAACCCAAUUGCCUAAAAAAUAAAAAAAAUAAGAAGGAGGGAAGAGCUGCCUUGGCUUCCUCAGGGAUAUUUGGUGGUAAGGUCCUUAAAGACCCCGGAGGGAGCAGGGUUUUUUUUUGGGGGGGGCGGGGAUCAGUUAGAAAUCACAUUGCUAAGGGUUGAGGAAUGAGUGGGUGGUGAAGCAGAGGCAAUGAGUAGGGAUGACUCCAGAAGUUUGGCAGUGGAGGUUCUCACAGGGACAGGGGAAGAUUUUUCAUCUAUUCAUUCAUGAAUUCAGCAAGUAUUUAUUAAGUGGCUACUGUGUACCAAGCAUUUCUCUAGUCACUGAGGAUGGUUUUCAUGCAAUGGGAAGGUUGUUUUGUAUGAAGAUAGGGAGAGAUUGAAGAUGCAAGCGAAGAGAUGAAGGGAGAAGUCAGGAGGGGAUCAGAUCAAGGACACAGAAAGAAGGGUCAGUGUUGAUAAGGGGGGUUGUGUGCCCUCUAAGACAGAAGGGAAGGAGGGGAGGAUGGGCAGAGACCUGAAGUUCUGAGAUGAUGGGGUAGUGGAGAGAGUAUAGGCUCCCAUCAGAUAGUUCCUCACCCCUAGCCCUACCCUCACCCCCUUGGAGAAGCUAAAUGGGCCUCAGCUCAUUCACAAACCUGCUUAAGCCCCUUGGGAGGGGACUUCCUGAGGGCUGAGCAGAGACCCCAUCUCUGUCCUCGGCUUGGGACCGCCCACCAUGGCUGCCCCAGCUCCUGAAACGGCUGCUGGAGGAGGGCAGGCCCCGCAUGGAGCGGCUCCUGCAGGACACUCCGGAACGGCCAACUGAAGGAGGCCAAGAGCGAGAGAUCUUCACUAGGCUCCAGAAGCAGUGGGACCAGCUGACACAGAAGGCAGAGGCCAGGUGGAGGCUCCUUGAGCAGUUAGUACCUGCAGCUCGGCAUUUCCAGGCAGCUCGUGACACCUUUGUGGCCUGGCUGGGUCCUGCUGAGCGGCUCCUGGCUCAGCUCUGGUGGGAGGAGCCUGGGACUGGCCCCCUCCAAGGUGCUCUGGAGCAGGUUCAGGGGGUAUGUGAGGAAGUCCGGCAGAAGGCAUCGGACAUGGACAUUGUUCGAGAGACGGGCCAGAGGCUCCUGGAGCUGGUGGUGGGGGAGGAGGCCCAGCUGGUACGGGAGCAGCUAGAAGAGCUUCGGGUGAGGUUGCUGCUGGCCGGGCAGAGCGGGGCCCACAUCAGACUUAGGCUGGAGCAGACUCUGGAGGCAGCCACGCGACUGCAGCCAUCUGGAGAGCCGCCACCACCUGCAGCCUGGCUGGGGAGAUUGGAGCAGGCAUGGGCAGCGGCAGAGCCUGGAGAACGGGAAGACAGAGAGCAGUUGCGGAAAGCCAUAGGGGAGGAACUGGGUCGCCUGGACAUGCUUGGGCAGCGGGUGGAAGAGCUGAAUGGAGUGACCCUGGAGCCUUCUGCACUCCAGGCCCAGCUGAGUCAACACAAGCUUCUGGCUGCAGAACUUCUACAGCAGCAGGAGUUAAGGACCCGCCUCCUGGGACUCUUGGGUGCUGGAAUUCCCAGCCUCUGCCCCUCUGAGGAGAAAGAGCAACUCCAGGCUGAGCUGGAGCUCCUUCGGAGUCAGGCUCAGGAGGUCCAGCAGAGCAGCACUGCAGGAGUGCUGUGCCGGGAGCGGGCCCUCUCCCUGCUAGCCCAGUUUGCGGAAGCCCAGGGUGAAUUGGCCCCAUGGCUGAAAGAAGCCCAGGACAUUGUGGCCCAUCUCAACCCACAUGCAGUUGCUGGCAGCCCUGAGGCCUGCAGGGAGCAGCAGGAACUGCUACAGCAUCUGCGGGAGGCCAUUGCAGAGCACAGGCCCCUGGUGGGGAAGCUGCAACGGGUGUUUGUACAGCUCAAAGACCUGAACCCAGUCCAGUGCGCACCCUUCCAGGAAGCCUGGCGGGUCGCUGAGGAGGAGCUGGGGGCCCUGAGGGCCCGAGUGGACAGUGUGGCAGCCACUCUGGGGCAGACUGUGCCCCAGUACACUCAGCUGAGCGAAAGGCUGGCCCGGCUGGCAGAACAGUUGGAACAACUGGCCCGGAGAGUGGAGAAUGUGGGGACGGUGCGGGCUGAUGCCCAGCGUAUCCGGGAGCAGCUUCGGGAGCAGAGCCUGCUGCUGAGCGAGCUAGAGCCCGUGGGGGCAGCACUGGAUACUGCCCGGGCUCGAGCCCAGGAGCUGGGGGCUGGGGUCACUGGGACCCUGGAUGAAAGCUCCGAGGCUGGGCUAGGGCCUCGAGCAGUGCUUCAGGCUGAGGCAGAUCACCUGUGGGACCGCUGGUCAGGGAUGCAGGCUGCAGCCCAGGAACGGGCCAACUGGCUGCGGGUUGUGUUGGCACUGGCCGAACAGUUCUGGCAGGGCCUAGCUGAUCUGGCCACCAGUCUGGCUGAUACACAGCAUCUGGUGCUGCACAUGGAGGAUGCAGGGCCAGAGCCUGAAGGCAUCCGGAGCAGGCUUGGCGCCAUGCAGGCAUUGAGGGAGGAGGUGGAUGGACUACAGAGUGAGCUGGAUGCCCUGGGGGCCCUGGGCCUGGAACUUCUGUCUGCCUGUGGGGAUGGGGACCGCCCUGAGGUGACCCGAAGCAUGGAUGAGCUCUAUGCUUCCUGGCACAGCCUGAGUCGUGUGUGGACUGAGCGUCACCGGCAUCUUGAGGAACAGCUUCAGGAUGCCCUCAGUUACCAGGAGGCCAUGCAGAGGCUCCUGGCUUGGCUGGAAGGAGCUGAGUUACGGCUGGGUCAAGACUUCCGUGUGGGGGGUACCUUGGAGCUGGCAAAGCAGCAGCUGGAAGAGCUAAAGGACUUCAAGAGAGAGCUCUAUCAGAGCAGGGUAGAGGUGGAAAGCUUGAGGCACCGUCCUGCCCCAGGGGGGCCAGAAGACCCCAGUCCUCCCCCUCUGUUGGGGGACUUCCGGCUCCGCUGGGACCACUUGGAGCAAGAAACUGGGAGUCGGCAGCAACAACUGGAAGCUGCCCUGCUGGGCCUGGGCCAGCUGCAGCCACAGCUGGAAGAGUUGGUGCAGUGGUUGGGCCACACGGCAGAGCAGCUGCAGGGAGCACCAGCUGUGGUCAGCCUGGAUCUGCCCAGCUGCGAGAUCGAGCUGGCCAAGCUCCAGGUGCUGCAGAAUGAUGUGCUGUCCAGGGCGCAGACAGUUCAGUCAGUGAGUGAGGCGGCCCAGGGGCUGCUACAGGCCGGACUUGGAGAGGCCGAGGCAGGACUCCGGGCCGCGCUUCAAACCCUGGACCAGCGCUGGGAGGCCGUCCAAGGAGAGAGCCAGAGCCGGCAGCUGCAGCUGGAGAACAGCCGGGCCCAGUUGCAGGAUGUCGAACUGGGGAUGGCAGAAUUGCUUCAGUGGCUGGAGCAGGUGGACUUGGGGCUUGUUCUCAUCAAACCAUCCUGGGGACCCCCAGACCCGCCCCAGGAGAGGCUGGCCCGGCACCUGGAGCUGUGCCGCGAGCUAGAACAGAAGCAGCCGGAGUACGAGGGGCUGAGACAGCGCCUGGGGAGGCUGCUCCCGCCCCCGCCGUUGGCGGGGCCCCGGCCCCCUCCUCGACCUGUGGGCACCGAACAUAGCCUCCGGCUGCUGGAGCAGACCUGGGAGCGUGUGGCGGCUCGGGCCCAGGAACGCAAGGUGUGGCUCUCUGAAGGCCUGGCACUCACCACGGAGUUUCACCAGCGGCUGCAGGCACUCUUGCGCUGGGGGGCCCGAGUAGAGGAGCACCUCGGGUCCCUGCCACCCCCUAGCCUUGUUUUGGACACCGUCUUGGCCCAGCUGCAGGAGCACAAGGUGCUGGCCCAGGAGGUGGCGGUGCAAGGGGAGAAACUGGGUGCCCUGGAGGUGGUGGCUGGACGGCUGAGGGGCUUUAGCCCCGAGCAAGACUGUGCUCUCAUCCAGAGCCUGGUGCUGAGCACUCAGGAACGGCUAGGCCGGGCUAUCCAGAGAAUAGGUGACCGUGGCACAGCCCUGGAGGAGGCUCGACGAAGGGCUAAGCAGUUUAUAGAAUCCCGUCAGCUCCUCCUUGACUGGCUGGAUGAGGUGGAGCCCACACUGAUGCUGCCUGGAGAUGUGGCCCUGAGCCAAGAGGAGAUCAAAGAACAGCUGAGUCAACACAAGGAAUUCCAGCGAGAGCUUCGGGGCAAGCGGCCGGUGUUUGAGGCCACGCUGCGGGGGGGCAGGGCACUCCGAGAAGGGGCCCUGUUCCCUGACGAUGCUGCACCCCUUGACCUGCUGCUGGCUGAGCUCCGGGGCCGUUGGGAGGGUAUCUGCAGCCUUGCUCUGGACAGACAACAUGCCCUGGAAGAGGCCCUGCUGUUCUCAGGCCGCUUUGCAGAUGCCCUUCCUGCACUCAUGGAUUGGCUGUACCAGGCUGAGCCCCAGCUGGCAGAGGAGGGACCUGUGUCAGGGGAUCGUGACCUGGUCAACCGUCUCCUGGACCAGCACAAGGUGUUCCAGAAGGAGCUGGGCCGAAGAGCAGGCUGUGUCCGCCUCCUUAGACGCUCCAUCCGGGAGCUGACCCAGGCCAGCAGCAGCGCCGACUCCCAGUGGCUACAUCGGCAGAUGGAAGAGCUGGGACAGCGAUGGGAGCUCGUGUGUCACCUCUCUCUGGCCCGCCAGGCCAGGCUUGAGGAGGCCUUGCGCCAGGCUGAGGAGUUCCACAAGUUGAUUCAAGGUUUCCUGGAGCAUCUGUCUGAGGCUGAGAAAACCCUCAAACUGGGCCCUUUCCCAGAGGAGGAAGGAGCUGCUGAGGACUAUCAGAACCAGCUCCAGGAGCUGUUGCAAGGUCUGCAGUGCCAGCAGCUGGAGCUGGACUGCAUCACCUCCCUGGGAGAAGAGAUUCUGAGUAGCUGCCACCCUGAUGCUGUCAUCCCAGUCCGCUCCUGCCUCAGCAACAUCACCAGUCGCUUCCAUGAAGUGCUGGGCUGGGCACAGCAACAGGGCCAGAGGGUGGCUGACCAGCUUGCCACCAUGGCGGCUGAGCGGGAGGAGCUGGCCCGCCUUCUGGACUGGAUCGCCUCAGCUGAGGAGGCACUGAACCUUCGAGACCAGGAACCCCUGCCUGAGGACACCCAGAUGCUGGCCGAUCUCUCAGCUCAGCACACGGAAUUCACUGAAGAACUGAGCAGAAAGCAGCAGGAGGUGGAGGCAGCCAUGAGAAGUUGUAAAAGGAGGCUGGAGCCAUCGCCCCCUGCACCUCUACAGCCCCCACCAAGGAGAAGAGGUACAGGGAAGGCCCCACCAGGUCCCAUGGUACCACUCCUGGAGCUGCAGCCUCAGAGCCCCCUGGGAGCCCGGCUGCUUCAGCGCUGGCAGCAGCUAUGGCUCAAGGCGUUGGACCGACAGUAUCGGCUACAGGCUGCUACCCAGCACCUGGAGGAGCAAGCAGCCUUUGCACACUUUGAUUUUGGUGGAUGGCGGAAACGCUACUUGCAGUGGAUCAGCCAUAGAAAGUCCCGGCUCCUGGAUGUGUUCCGCGCCAUUGACCGUGACCAGGAUGGACGAAUCACCCACCAGGAGUUCAUUGACAGCGUCCUUGCCUCCAGCUUCCCUACCAGUCUGCUGGAGCUGAGUGCUGUGGCCAGUAUCUUUGACACCAAUGGUGAUGGAGUUAUUGACUAUGGUGAAUUUGUCAGUGCGCUACACCCUAGCCGGGACCCUCGCGGCCGGGGUCCUGAUGCAGAACACAUCCAGGAUGAGGUAAGAAGGCAAGUAUCUCAGUGUCAAUGUGCCCGACGCUUCCAGGUGGAGCAGAUCAGUGCCAACCGCUACCGAUUUGGAGAAUCCCAGCAACUUCGCCUGGUGCGGAUCCUACGAAGCUGCCUCAUGGUCCGCGUUGGAGGUGGCUGGAUUGCACUAGAUGAAUUCCUAGUCAAGAAUGACCCUUGCAGAGUAAAGGGACGAACCAACCUGAAGAUUAAUGAGAAGUUCCUGACUCCAGAUGGGACCCCAGAUCCCCCUCACAAAACCUUGUCUCGGAGCUGCUCUGCCUCUAACCUCAGUCUCUCCAGCAGCACCUCAGCCCCCAACAGCCCCCAGGCCCGAAAGUCGGUACUUCGGAGAACCAGGUCUGGGGACAGGGCACCCCGCCCCUUCAGCACCACACUGCUCACUAGUAGCACUGAUAGCAAGGCCAGAGCAGCUCUAGAGGUAUCAGUGGAAAGCAAGCCUCAAAGGGUACCUGUGGACACAGGGCAGGUACCUGACUCAGAAGGCAAAGAGCAGGCACUAGAAGCCACACAGCAGACACCAGAGGAGUCAGAACGUAUGCCCGAGAAAGCAAAAGAACAGGUAACAGAGGAGUUACAGCGGGCAUCAAAGACAGAGCAGGCAUUGGACAGCAAAGAUGAGGCACCAGAGGAAACGGAGAGGGCAGGUGGGGAGGAGGCAGAGGGGGCACUGGAGGGCACAGGACGGGUGCUGGAGAAAGAAGCACAGAAGGAACUGAAGGAGAUAAAGUGGGCACUAGAGGCAGAGUGGGCACCAGAGGACGCAAAGCAGGCACCAGGAUGGAGAGAAAGGACACUGGAGGAAGCAGAGCAGGAACCGAUGGGAAGAUCAAAGCCGCUGGAGGAGAGAGAGAAUCUACAAGAGAAGGAGACAGAGCAGGCACUGAAGGCUACAGGGUGGGUACCAGAAUGGAAGGAGAUGGCACUGGAAGGGACAAAACAGGGACCUAAGGAAGAGACAAAGGCGAUAGGGAAGGAGGCUGUAGAACAGUCACUAGAGGAAACAGAAAGGACAAAGCAGGCAGCAGAGGGUACAGAGUGGGCAGGAGAACAGCCAGAGAGGGCAGGAGAGGGCAUAGAGUGGGCAGCAGGACAGACAGAGAAGGCAUCAGAAGGCACAGGAUGGGCACCGGGACAGACAGAGCAAGAACUGGAGGUGAAAGAGCAGGUCCCCGAACAAAGGAAGAAUGAACCAGAGGAAAGCAGGAAGGGGCUGGAGAACACAGGAACACAGCCCAGGCAGAGCUGAGCCGCGGACCAACCUGGAGGCCAAUUGCUGAGGGGAAGGAGCCCAGGGCUUUUAGGGCGGGGGGUUGAGGAGGGAAACGGUGGUGGGAGUCGGGGGAAGAUGGGACCACACGCAUCACACCUCACUGCCCCCACCCCCCAGCUUUCCGGGACUGUCCGGCUGUGCUGUGGACGGGAGCGGGGAGGGGCACUGGGAGGCCUUUGGCUGGGGGAGUCUGACGGGGCGUGCCCAGCUCUUGGCAGGCUGGACGGACGUCUGUGUGUUCACAUGGCCCUGUGUAUGUAUGCCCUGCUAACAGCAGAGUAGCCCAGUGUACCAGCAGCCCUGCCUUCAGGAGCUUAUGUCUCCCGCUACCCUCACACCUCAGCAAUAAAGUUUUAU